UUAUAUAGGCGCUGCAAUGUUCAGUUUAAAGUCAGUUCAGAUCGAGCUGAGUCUAGCGUGUUUCUUCAAAAUGAAAUGCAUUCUGAUCCUGGCUGGUCUGGCGUUCUAUGUUGCCCACACUGGGGCACAGCGGAAAGUCUGCCGUGGUGGUGUUACAGAUAGCCAACCGGGUUGCAUAGGCGGCAAAAGCGAAGGACAUGCCAAGGCGACCUCCUGCUACGGGAAUGCCAACAGAUACAUGUGGUGGUACAAUACCAGGAGCCGAUCCUGCAGGAGACUCUCCUACAACGGCUGCGGUGGCAACCACAAUCGCUUCUGCACCAAAAGCCGUUGCAAGAACAAGUGCAGGCGGAGUGGAAAAGCAACAAUGCAAAGCCAAACAACUGAAUACGGAAUAUGAAAUUUAUUCGCUUCGUUUUGCUUUCAAUUGUUAUUUAUCCUGACAAGAAUAUAUUUUUGUUAGAGUAUCUGUAGUAGUCGCUAAUGCAUGCUUUAUGGUUGAUUGUGGAGUUAAAUUUGUUUUUAUUAAAUUUAAAAUUAAUAUUUAAUUAUAUUAUUAGUUGAAUGCAGGAUAGCUUAAGAUAUUGUAAUGUAUAAUCUACAAAGAGUUGCCUAAUUCCUUGAAAAGUACUUCAAUGUGCUCUUAAAUGGGAUAUUUUAAAUAUAUCUUCAAACCCAACCCAUUGGCUUCAGGAUAUUCAAACUUUGCUGAGCUGUGAACUGGAUCUUGAACUGAACCUUGAGCGGAACCUGUUUCUUAAAUAGGUAUAAAUCUGAAUACUAAUGGAUAAACUGAAAAUAUUGUAUUUAAAAUAAUACCCCGCCUUCAACAAUGUGAA